UGUGUAUCCUCCCCGACUCCUCCCCCUUCUCUCUGCUCCACCUCACGUUUGGAUGGUCGCCGGGCGACAGGGCCUGGGGUCUUUUUUUUUUUUUUUUAAGAUUUUAUUUAUUUGCAAGAGAGAGAAUGAGAGACAGAGAGCAUGAGAGGGAGGAGGGUCAGAGGAAGAAGCAGACUCCCCGCCGAGCAGGGAGCCCGAUGCGGGACUCGAUCCCGGGACUCCAGGAUCAUGACCUGAGCCGAAGGCAGUCGCUUAACCAACUGAGCCACCCAGGCGCCCCAAACUUUAGCCUUCUUUUUUUUUUUUUUAAGAUUUUAUUUAUUUAUUUGAGAGAGAGAGAGAGAGAAUGAGAGAGAGCAUAUGAGAAGGGGGAGGGUCAGAGGGAGAAGCAGACUCCCUGCCGAGCAGGGAGCCCGAUGCGGGACUCGAUCCCGGGACUCCAGGAUCAUGACCUGAGCCGAAGGCAGUCGCUUAACCAACUGAGCCACCCAGGCGCCCGGGCCUGGGGUCUUUGAAAGAACUUUGUUCUGCCCUUAGAGUGAACGGUCCCCCAAAGUGGCUGACUGCCUUCCCUGCUGCGUGUUGUCUACAGAGUGGAAAGGGAUAAGAUUUGAAGCCAGAGGACUUUAGCUCUAGUCCGCAUGUUGCUCUUAGGUAGCAGGUUUUCAAGCCCUUUAAGCCUGUUUGCCCCCCUGAAAAAUUGUGAAACCACUUUAACUCUCUCUUGCAAUGUUAGGUACUAUUCUCUGCAGGCUUCCGUAGCAUCCUUUACAUUCUUCGGGUGCUCAUCACCUCGUUUUGUGCUUGUCUUCUCUCCAAGGCGCCGUGAGAGAAGGGAAUUUGUUCUCAUUCGCAGUGUCUGACAUGAGCAGCACGAAGCUUAAUUCAGGUUUGUUGUAUAACCUAGAGAGCUUUCAACUGGUGUGGAGUAAGAGCUGCUCAUAGACCUUGCCGCUUCCAGAAAGCUCUUGAGCAGUAAACAGCGGAACAGCCUUGGAUUAGAAAAAGGGUGGUCUCUACGGGGUUACGUAGACGUCAUUUUAGUUUGAUCAUACUCUUCAGCUUUGGCAGGAAGCCUUACCAAUACAGAUAGUAAAGCUUAUGAUAGUUACCACUUACUGAACACUUACGAGUUAUUCUGUUUUGUGUUUUAUAGGUAAUAUCACAUUAAAUCUUAUAAUCCUAUAAAUUAGUAUUGUCAGAUGGGGAAACCAAAUCACCAGGUUAAGUAACUUGCCUGGUAACAAGGCCCAGGUUUCAAUUCAAGUCCCUUUGAUUUUAGAUACUUAACCCGUGAUUAAAUUUCUAUUCUCUAAAUCAAAAUAAUUUGCUUUUUUCUCACCUUUUUGGGAGAGGGAUCUUCACUAGGAGUGAAUUAAUGAGAACGGUCGGCAUACAGUACAAUCCUCUGAAAUACAUUUUCUCACACUAUAUACAAACCUCCCCCCAUAACGUUAUGCUCCUUGUUUCUCUGGUUCUAGGGUCUUUACAUUCAUUAUCUCUGCCAUAGUAUACUUACUUCCUUAUACUCUUCUGGUUUGCUGUUCAAAUAACUUACUACUUGCAUUUGAUUUACUAUAUGCUUUAAAACAGUGUCCCUAAAAUAGUUACUAUAGGAUACAUGAAUGACUUGCUAAUGAAAGCAUGUGUGAGAAUAAGAAGUCAGAAAUGAAAAACAGCUUUGAAAAGGAUUCAGGGACAGUGAAUUGAAGAGAUGGGGAAGAGCAAUUAGGAAUCAGGUGGAAAUUAGGCCUCUGUAGAUAGGUACAUCUUCUGUCCUUUAAUUAGGGUAAUAGGCAGCAGCUCCCAUCAGGAUCUGAAAUAAAGGGAGAAGCUUGGAAUGAACCUGCACUAACUCGAUCAGGGGGAAAAAGAAGGGGUGGAUGAAGGUGGAAGGCAAAACAAGGAGACAGACAACCCCCCGGGAUAUUGUGCUGCGCCUGGGUACCGGGUGAGCGGAUGGAGCGCUUUGUCCGUGUUCCCUAUGGCUUGUACCAGGGCUAUGGGAAUGCAGUGCCUUUGGGCCAUCCCGGACUCUCUGAACACAAACAGCCCGACUGGAGGCGAAACACUGGUCCCCCCACUUUCCUGGCCAGGCCUGGGUUGCUGGUGCCUGCAAAUGCCUCUGACUACUGCAUGGACCCUUACAAGAGGGCACAGCUUAAGGCUGUUCUCUCCCAAAUGAACCCCAGCCUGAGCCUGCGGCUUUACAAGGCCAGUACCAGGGAGGUGGGCGUGCAGGUGAGCCCACGGGUGGACAAGUCCGUGCAGUGCUCGCUGGGGCCUCGCACCUUGUGUAGCUGCUCCCCUUGGGGCAGCACGGGCCACAGGGCACCCCUGUCACCUUGGGGAGUCUAUUCGCCAGUGAUAGGCCGCAGGGGCUUGAUUCAGCUGCAGAGGGAGGAGGAAGCCCAGGAGAGGAAGGCCCUUUUGGGUCCUGCUGAGGCCAGCCAGCAGCAGCAGCCACCACCAACACCUAGGUCGGAGGAGGAUAAGCAGGAGGAACUUCACCAGCACGAUGAGCUGGAGGAGGAAGAUGCCUCAAGUCCCCAGGAAGGGAAGAGUGAGCAGGCCCAGGGAGGUGGUGGAGCAGAUCUGCUCAGGAAACCCAAUUUCCAGUUUUUGGAACCAAAAUAUGGCUAUUUUCACUGUAAAGAUUGUAAGACCAGAUGGGAGAGUGCUUAUGUGUGGUGCAUUUCUGGAACUAAUAAGGUUUAUUUCAAACAACUAUGUUGCAAAUGCCAAAAGAGUUUUAACCCUUAUCGAGUAGAAGCAAUCCAAUGUCAGACCUGUUCAAAGUCUCGUUGUUCCUGUCCUCAAAAGAAAAGACACAUUGAUCUAAGGAGGCCUCAUCGACAGGAACUGUGUGGUCGCUGCAAAGACAAGAGAUUCUCCUGUGGCAAUACUUACAGCUUUAAAUACAUCAUGUGACAGGCAGUAUAAAUUGUACAGGACACUCAAGUCUCCUUGUAACUCACUGUACUGUUCCUUUUUUGCAACUUAGCUCUGAGCUGAUAUUGGAAAAUGGAUUAGGCUUUUGUACUUUUUGUAGGUUGUAUAACAAUUGUACAAUGUGAGUGGAAUAAAAUAAAUGCAUGUAAAAUAGACCGUGAAGGUACAUUAAUUGUGAUCACGGGGUAAAAACCUCCAUAUGGCAUUGGGAAAUAGUAGAUACUGUCCCUUAUAUAAAGGGAACAAUGAAGAGGAACAAUAGUCAUUUGACAAACUUUUUAUCAGCUGCGUGUUCUAAGCACUGGGAACAUAGAGAUGAUUGGGGGCAAGGUCCUUGCCUUCAAUAAUUAUAGCAAAUGCUUAAACAGCACUUAUGUGCUAGGGAUUGCAACUCAUCAUAGCAGCCAUAUUAAGUAGAAACUACUAUACCGUUUCUUAACAGAUGAGGAGAGGGAGCCACAGAGAGAUCAUAGUAUAGAGCCAGGAUUUGAACCCACAUGGACUUGAACUUGCUCCAUGGCUUGAACUACUACAUUUACACUUUCUUUUUCCCAGAUUCAGAUGUGGUAAGUCCUAUGAAGGAAACAGUGCUAUCAUAGACUGAGCUUUUAGACCGUGUGGCUGGGAUGAGGGAGCAGGAGAACUGAGACCUGCAGGAUGGAGGGAGCAGGAGAAAAGAAGAUGGUUUUGAUCCAAGGGAACAGCAAGAGCAAAGGCUCUGAGUGUGUGGGCCACAUAGUUGGUAUGUCCCAGGAAUAGGGGCCCCUCAAGCUAAUG